UUGAAAUUUUUUGAAAAAAAGAAAGAAAGAAACCUUAUUUAUUUUUUUUAUUUUUUUGGUUUUUAUCGAUGGAGGGAAGAGAAGGUGUGAGUAUUAGUGGGGUUACAGUGGUGGGAUCAGAUGCUCCCUCGGACUACCAUGUCGCUCCGAGGUCCGACAACCCGGUUCAGACGGCCGGAUCAGCUCCUCAACCGGCCGUCUUGGUUCCGCCGGCGGCGGCGAUGAUUUUGCCGGUGAAGAAGAAGAGAGGAAGACCAAGGAAGUACAGGCCAGACGGCUCUGUGGCUAUGGCUUUGUCUCCCAAGCCCAUAUCUUCGUCGGCGCCGCCUCCCAUAAUCGACUUCUCGGCGGAGAAGCGCGGCAGCGGCGGCGGAGGAGGAGGAAAAGCCCGGCCGCCGAGCUCGGUUAACAAGACCAAGUAUGAGCUUGAGAAUUUAGGUGAAUGGGUUGCUUGCUCUGUUGGUGCUAAUUUUACACCACAUAUCAUCACUGUUAAUGCUGGCGAGGACGUGACGAUGAAGAUAAUAUCAUUUUCUCAACAAGGGCCUCGGGCUAUAUGCAUACUUUCUGCGAAUGGUGUAAUAUCAAGUGUUACGCUUCGUCAGCCUGAUUCUUCUGGGGGUACUUUGACAUACGAGGGCCGUUUUGAAAUACUUUCCUUGUCUGGUUCAUUCAUGCCCAACGAAACGGGCGGAACAAGAAGCAGAUCUGGUGGGAUGAGCGUCUCUUUGGCAAGUCCAGAUGGGCGUGUCGUUGGAGGUGGAGUUGCUGGGCUAUUAGUUGCUGCAAGUCCUGUGCAGGUUGUAGUAGGCAGUUUUUUGGCUGGGAAUCAGCACGAGCAAAAGCAAAAGAAACAUAAGCAUGAAUACAUCACAAGUGUGACGCCAACCGCGGCCAUUCCUAUAUCAAGUGCUGCUCCAAAAGUAAACCUCUCGGGUUCCUUCCGCGCGGAGAGUUGGUCUCCCUUGCCCGCAGAUUCAAAGAGCAAGUCGACCGACAUCAAUGUGUCUUUGCCUGGAGGGUGACCUAGAGAACCGGUUCCUGUAGUUGCAGUACGAAGUUUGUUUCACUGACCGCAUUGGCAACCAAACUUCAACCCUUGGAUCUCACUUCCGUUGUUUAUUCGUCUGUAAAACUUACUGACAUGUAGUACCAGCAUGUCGUUUUCAAGCCGUCGUUUAAUCCCUUUUAGUUUACCUUGAGAGGUUAUAUUUCUAUUAGCUGUUUAGGUAGGUUUCGGCUGUUGUUGUUAUUGUUGUUGGUGGUGUCAUGUAAAAUUAGAUUAGUUUGGUGUAAUAUUCGACAUCUGAAUCUUUCGUUUUCUUUGGACUC